UUCUCAGCUUACGAUAAACACUGCGAUUGUUUAUAUGCACAGGUUUUAUAUGCACCAUUCUUUCACCAAGUUCAACAGAAAUAAUGUUUGCAGAUUCCAGUUUCUCCACAUCUUCCCCAACACAUGUUGCUGUAUCUUUUUAUAUUGUAGCCAUCCUAGUGGGUGUGAAGUGGCAUCUCCUUGUGAUUUUGAUUUGCAUUUGCCUAAUGACAUUGAGCAUCUUUUCAUAUAUUUAUUGGCCAUAACUGGCAUCUGUACAAGUGGACCUUACCAGAGGGCAUACGCAGGAAUCAAAUCAACUACAUAUGUGGAAAGAGACGAUGAAAAAGUUCAAUAUCAUCAGUCAGAACAAGGCCAGGGGCCGACUGUGAAAUAGACCAUCAGUUGCUUAUGUGCACGUUCAAGGUGAAACUGAAGAAAAUUAGAACAGCUCCACGAGAGCCAAAGUAUAACCUUGAGUAUAUCCCAUGUGAAUUUAGAGACCAUCUCAAGAACAGAUUUGACACGUUGAACACUAAUGACCAAAGACCAGACAAGUUGUGGAAGGACAUCAAACAUGAAGAAAGCAAGAGGUCGUUUAAAAGACAGGGAAGAAGGAGAAGACCAAAAUGGAUGUCGGAAGAGACUCUGAAACUUGCUCUUGAACAUCAAGUAGCUAAAGCAUACGAAAGAAAUGAUGAAGUAAAAGAGUUGAAGAUUUCAAAGGGCGGCUCGGAAAGUCACUGACAUGUGCAAAGACCUGAAGUUAGAAAACCAAGAGGGAAGAACACGCCCAGCAUUUCUCAAGCUAAAAGAACUGAAGAAAAAGACUCAAGGCUUGAGUUGCAAUAUUGGAGGAUUCUACAGGGAAAAUAUUAAACAACACAGGAAUCAUCAAAAUAAGAUGGAAGGAAUACACAGAGUCACUAUACCAAAAAAAAUUGGUCAGUGUUCAGCCAUUUCAGGAGGUAGCAUAUGAUCAGGUACUGAAGGAAGAGGUCCAAGCUGCACGGAAGGCAUUGGCAAAAAACAAGGCUUCAGGAAUUGAUGGAAUACCAAUUGAGAUGUUUCAACAAAUGGAUGCAGUGCUGGAGGUGCUCACUUGUGUAUGCCAAAAAAUCUGGAAGAUAGCAACCUGGCCAACUGACUGGAAGAUAUCCAUAUUUGUGCUCAUUCCAAAGAAAGGAAAUCCUACCAAAUGUGAAAAUUAUCGAACAAUAUCACAUACGAGUAAAACUUUGCUGACGAUCCUUCAAAAGCAGUUGCAGCAAUACAUCAGCAGGGAACUGCCAGAAAUAUCAUUGCUGAUGUCAGGGGAAUGCUGGCUGAAAGCAGAGAAUACCAGAAAGAUGUUUCCCUGUGUUAUUGACUAUGCAAAAGCAUUCGACUGUUUGGAGCAUAACAAAUUAUGGAUAAUAUAUGAAGAAUGGGAAUCCCAGAACACUUAAUGGUGCUCAUGAAGAACCUGUACAUAGACCAAGAGGGAAUUGUUCGAACAGAACCAGGAGAUAACUGUGUGGUUUAAAUUCAGGAAAGGUGUAUGUCAGGCUUGUAUCCUUUCACCGUACUUACUCAGUCCAUAAGGAGCCCUGGUGGCACAGUGGUUAAGAGUUCAGCUGCUAACCAAAAGGUAAGCAGUUUGAAUCCACCAGCUGAUCCUUGGAAAUCCCAUGGGGCAGUUCUUUUCUGUCCUAUAGGGUCACUAUGAGUCAGAAUUGACUUGACAACAACAGGAUUCAGUCUGUAUGAUGAGCAAAUCAGAGAGGCUGGACUAUAUGAUGAAGAACGGGGCAUCAGGAUUGGAAGAAGACUCAUUAACAACCUGCAUUAUGCAGAUAACACAACCUUGCUUGCUCAAAGUGAAGAGGACUUGAAACACUUACUCAUGAGGAUCAAAGACUACAGCCUUCAGUAUGGAUUGCACCUCAACGGAAAGAAAACAAAAAUCCUCACAACUGGACCAAUGAGCAACUUCGUGAUGAAAGAAGAAAAGGUUGAAUCUGUCAAGGAUUUCGUUUUGCUUGGAUCCACAAUCAAUGCCUAUGGAGGCAACAGUCAAGAAAUCAAAGAGUGCAUUGCAUUGGACAAAUCUGCUGCAAAAGACCUGUUUAAAGUGUUAAAAAGCAGAGAUGUCACUUUGAAGACUAAGGUGCGCCUCACCCAAGCCAUGGUGUUUUCAGUUGCCUCAUAUGCAUGUGAAAGCUGGACAGCGAAUAAGGAAAGACGGAAGAAGAAUUGAUACCUUUGAAUUAUGCUGUUGGCAAAGAAUAUUGAAUAUACCAUGGCCUGCCAAAAGAACAAACAAAUCUGUCUUGGCAGAAAUACAGCCCGAAUGCUCCUUAGAAGCAAGGGUGGUGUGACCAAGUCUCACGUACUUUGGCUGUGUUAUUAGGAGAGAUCAGUCCCUCGAGAAAGACAUCAUGAUUGGUAAAGAAGAGGGUCAGCGAAAAAGAGGAAGACCCUCAGUGAGAUGGAUUGACACAGUGACUGUGACAGUGGGCUUAAGCACAAUGGUGAUAAGGGUGGCACAGGACCAGGCAGUGUUUUAUUCUGUUGUAUGUAGGGUCGCAGUGAGUUGGAAGCGACUCGACAGCACCUAACACCACCGCCACCAUUGGCCAUUUAUAUAUCUUCUUCGGAGAAAUGCAGAUAUUGUUCUCAUUUUUUAAUUGCUACUUUGUCUUUUAUUAUUGAGUUGUUAGAGUUACUUUUAAUAUUCUGGAUGCCCGUAACUUAUCAAAUACACAAUUUGCAAAUACGUUUUCCCAUUCUGUAGGUUGUCAUUUCACUUUCUUGAUAGUGUCCUUCGAAAUACAUAUGUCCAGUUUAUUAAAAAUUUUCAUCAUUUGUGGUUUUGAUAUCAUAACUAAGAAACCAUCACCUAAUCCAAAGUCAUGAGGGUUUAUUCCUGUUUUUAAUUUUUGUAUAUAGAUCUACAAACAGCCUACAGCUUUAUUUUUUUUUGUCUGAGUAUCAGUUGUCUCAGCACCAUUUGUGGGAAAGACUGUUCUUUCUUGAAUCGUCUUAGUGCUCUUGUUGAAAAUUAGUUGAACAUAGUGAAUUUAAGGUUUUAUUCCUCAACUCAGUUCCAUGAUCUACAUGUCCUCCCUUAUACUGGUACCACAGUCUUGAUUACAGCUUUGAAUAUAAUAUCACCCACUGCAUUAUUUUUGGCUGCAAAAGUGGAAGAACAGGCUCGAAAACUUGAACAUGUUAUCAAAGUAGCACAUGCGUGUCUUCAUCCCCUAGAGCCACUGCUGGAUACCAAAUGUGAUGCUUACCUUCAGCAGACUCAAGAACUGGUUAUACUUGAAACCAUAAUGCUACAAACCCUAGGUUUUGAGAUCACCAUUGAACACCCACACACAGAUGUGGUGAAAUGUACCCAGUUAGUAAGAGCAAGCAAGGAUUUGGCACAGACAUCCUAUUUCAUGGCUACCAACAGUCUACAUCUUACAACCUUCUGUCUUCAGUACAAACCAACAGUGAUAGCAUGUGUGUGCAUUCAUUUGGCUUGCAAAUGGUCCAAUUGGGAGAUUCCUGUGUCAACUGAUGGAAAGCAUUGGUGGGAAUAUGUGGAUCCUACAGUUACUCUAGAAUUACUAGAUGAGCUAACACAUGAGUUUCUACAAAUAUUGGAGAAAACGCCUAGUAGGUUGAAGAGGAUUCGAAACUGGAGGGCUAAUCAGGCAGCUAAGAAGCCAAAAGUAGAUGGACAAGUAUCAGAGACACCGCUUCUUGGCUCAUCGUUGGUCCAGAAUUCCAUUUUAGUAGAUAGUGUCACUGGUGUGCCUACAAACCCAGGCUUUCAGAAACCAUCUACGUCAGCAUUCCCUGCACCAGUACCUCUAAAUUCAGGAAAUAUUUCUGUUCAGGACAGCCAUACAUCUGAUAAUUUGUCAUUGCUAGCAACAGGAAUGCCGGGCACUUCAUACAGUCUGUCAUCACACCAAGGAUGGCCUCAAGAUCAAGAGUCAGCAAGGACAGAACAGAUAUAUUCCCAGAAACAGGAGACAUCUUUGUCUGGUAGCCAGUACAACAUCAACUUCCAGCAGGGACCUUCUAUAUCACUGCAUUCAGGAUUACAUCACAGAUCUGAAAAAAUUUCUGAUCAUUCUUCUAUUAAGCAAGAAUAUACUCAUAAAGCAGGGAGCAGUAAACACCACGGGCCAAUUUCUGCUACACCUGGAAUAAUUCCUCAGAAAAUGUCUUUAGAUAAAUAUAGAGAAAAACGUAAACUAGAAACUCUUGACCUGGACGUAAGGGAUCACUAUAUAGCUGCCCAGGUAGAACAGCAGCACAAACACGUGCAGCCACAGGCAGCCAGCAGCAGCUCCGUAACUUCUCCCAUUAAAAUGAAAAUUCCCAUCACAAACCCUGAAAAGCCUGAAAAAUACAUGGCCGAUAAAAAGGAAAAGAGCGGCUCACUGAAAUUACGGAUCCCAAUACCACCCACUGAUAAAAAUGCCAGUAAAGAAGAACUGAAAAUGAAGAUAAAAGUUUCGUCCUCAGAAAGACACAGCUCUUCUGAUGAAGGCAGUGGGAAGAGUAAGCAUUCAAGCCCACAUAUUACCAGAGACCACAAGGACAAGCACAAGGAGCACCCCUCCAACCGCCACCACACCAGUAGUCACAAGCACGCCCACUCACAUAGUGGCAGCAGCAGUGGUGGCAGUAAGCACAGUGCUGACGGAAUACCACCCACUAUCCUGAGGAGUCCGAUUGGCCUGAGCAGUGAUGGCAUUUCCUCUAGUUCCAGCUCUUCAAGGAAGAAGCUGCAUGUCAAUGACGCACCUCACAACCACCACUCCAAAAUGAGCAAAAGUUCCAAAAGUUCAGGUAGUUCAUCUAGUUCUUCCUCCUCUGUUAAGCAGUAUAUAUCCUCUCACAACUCUGUUUUUAACCAUCCCUUACCCCCUCCUCCCCCUGUCACAUACCAGGUGGGCUACGGACAUCUCAGCACCCUCGUGAAACUGGACAAGAAGCCAGUGGAGACCAACGGUCCUGAUGCCAAUCACGAGUACAGUACAAACAGCCAGCAUAUGGACUACAAAGACACAUUCGACAUGCUGGACUCGCUGUUAAGUGCCCAAGGAAUGAACAUGUAAUCAUUUGUUUAGGUCAAUUUUUCCUUUACUUUUUUAAUUUAAAAGUUAUUAGAAUGGAGAACUUCCUCCUGACCUAGCAGUGGCAACAGCUGCCGUUGCAGCCACUGCUUCAGUGUUUGUAAGUGCUGCUUUAUUCUUCAUUCUGAAAAGAAGAGAGAUUGUAGUAAACAAAUCUUUAUCUCCACAUAUGAUAGUGUUAUAAAUACUGUACAAGCAUGGAAGGUGCAAAACUCAGUAUUUCCACAAUUGCAGCUAAGAACAUUAGGAUGAAUGGCUGGCUGCUUCUAGGAAUAUGAGAUGCCUCAAGCAUUCGUUAUUUAUAAUUUGAAUACUGUAGCAAGUUUUUUGUUGCUUGGCUUUUGAAUGAGUGUAAAUUGUUUUCUUUUGUGUAUUUAUACUUGUAUGUAUGACUUGCAUGUUUCGAUGAUAAAGGGAUAAAACAGUAUACUGACAACUGUUUACAAGAAAGUGGAGAAAAAUGUACAUACAUUUUUGUAUGUUUAGAUAUUACCGUAAAUACUCAGGAUUGGAGCUGCUUGUAAGUAUAACAAUAUACAGAAUAACUUUAUUUUAUCUUGUGUUGGAGUCCGUCACUAAUCUAAAGCAAGGUGGCACUUUUUCAUGUUAACCUUAAACUCUAGGCCUUACUGGAAGCCACUGAAGGGGGUCACUUCAGUACCGGAUGGGUAUGCAGUGCCACGGACGGUCGUUGAUACUGAGGCACUGAACUUUUGCCCUCAGAGGUUCUGACCAGAUUGGCUGCUGAAAUAGCCCCUAGUUUUCUGAAGGCUUGAAGAGGAGAAAAUAAAGUUUACAUUCUCUUGAUGUGAAGUGCAUUUAAAUGUUUGUUGGCUUGUUGCAGUGCUAUAAACAGAGCUGUUAAUAAUGGUUAUGUAGGUUAUUAUGAUUUGGAAACUGAAUUCACGAAAACUUACACAGUGAAGCAUUAGUACUUCUUUUUUUCUUAAACAAGGAACUUUAACACUACAUGUUGUAACAGUAAACGGAUUGCUUUUCUUUAGCAUUCAGAACGACACCAUAUUCUUAAACAUACUCCUUCCCUGAAGUGUGUGUGUGAUGCCGUAUUUCUUUUUCAGGCGAAUGCAGUCUUCCUUAUAAAAAUGAAAUAAAACCUAUUGCUCUCUCAAUUCUUUUAUAUAUUCUGAGAAUAAAUAAAAAGAUCACUGUGCAUUAUACCUGUAUUUGUAACUUCUGGUUGUUAUCAGGAAACUCAGCCUCCAACUUAACCACUAGUGGAGGUUUUACAUUUGUACAUCUCAAUAUACUCCUGUUGAGGUUUGCACAGUCAUCUGACUUCUGAACAAAUGACAGACUAACUUGUUUAAAGCUUCUGUUAGAUGCCAGUAUAUGGCUCUGGUUUAUCAGCUAAUCUUGAAUUUAUUCUGUGGUACAUCUUCGAGCUGUUGAGUGUCUUUGAGCUGGGCUGAAUUCAACUUCUACUGAACUGAAACCUAUCUUCGUUUUUCCUCUAUGUAUAUGAAUUAUUUUUGUUACAAAGCCACUGAUAUGUGCACAAUUGUAAUUUUACUCAAGCGUGUUCCAGUUGUAAAUACUAGAGUUUAAUCCCGUGUUUUAUUUAGCAGUUAUGUAAUUUACCAGUAGUUAUAUAAUUUUUUUAAGGUAAUUGUUCCUUCUUUCGUCAAUUUUAUUUCAAUUUAGGAGAAUAGGAGCCUAUUUCUAGGGACUUUGCCUAGCUAGCAUGUCCUAACAUUUGUUUUCUUGUCUUGCAUAACUUUACUAAUCUUUGUCAUUACAUGUAACUUUGUUGCUUUGUAUGGCAUAAUAUUGUAUCCAUAAACAUAAUUUUGAUAACAGUUAUACUUUUACAAGUGGUACAUAAUCCAAGGACUAGUGUAGAAUAAAGCUGAGUUCAAGAUGAGGGAGGGAAGGGUUUUGUUCUUGGUUAAAACUUUAGAUGUGAAACCUCUAAGAAGCUAUCAUGUGAAUCGAGAUAGGGUUAUUGUUCUACUGUAUAGUUGGGAAUGAUAAUACCAGGAAUUUUAAUAAGAUUUUGUAAAGCUAUUUGAAAAGUAGUGAACUUAUUUUCAGUAUGACAUAGAAAACAAUGUGAAUAUUUAAGGUCUGUGACUAAAACUUCACUAAGAAUUUGCAGAAUUGUUUUGCAAUGUGGGAAUAAAGGUAAUUUUGUUGAAUCUAUAUUGGUGCUAAUGAUGGACAGUUAAAAAAGGUAGCUAGUGUAUAUUGUUAUGGGUCAGUACUUACUAUUAGUACUUCCAAAAUUGAAUCUGAAAUGCUAUGUAUUCACUUUUCACUCUGUAAAUGUAAUUCUUUACAAUAACUUUAUUUAUUAAAGGGCAGCCAGUUGUAAUUUUUACAGGAUUGUGUGAGCUAUUCAGACUCAUUAACCUCUGAACAGGGUAUUAAGCUUUCAGAACUACAGUGGGGAUAAAUAUGGAAAAUCCUUUUAAGGUUCAUUUCCAUUACAUGAAAACUUAUAAUUCAUAUUACCAUGAAUUUGAUUUAACCAUCUCAUUUGCAUAAAAUAGUCAUCAGCCUGGUCCCAAUAGGCUCAACCAAAGAAAAGACUCCGGUGAAUGGACGUUAUUACUGAGUCUUCUUGUAAGUAGCCAUAAAUAAACCAAAAUAGUAUCAUCAAAUUUAGGUAUGAAAUUCCACAUGUGCUAAGUACUGUUAAGGUGAUACAUUUUGAUGAGAUUUGCAAAAAUAUUUGAAAUAUUAAAAAGCAUUAUCUUUAAACAUUCUAUAA